GUCGAUCGAAAUGCAUGUAUAGUUAACCAAGUAAUUCGAAACUUGCGGCGUGCCUUCACCCCGUCCCGUGAGGAGCGUACUUUCUGUUUUCAUCCGCAGACGUUCGCUCCGUCCUUGUCUGGACGGUGGGGCGACGCGUCUGGUGGGAGAAGGACGGAGAGGGAGUAGUCGUAGGGCCAAGCAGAGUGGGAUUUGGCGCGAGCGAGGAGAGAGGGAUGGCGGAACUGUCAGUGCUACAUCGGUUCUCUUCACGUAAGGACGAGCCACAGGGAUCACCUGCGAAUCGCCUCUCGUCGGGACACCAACUUCCUCAGCCAGAAAACACGGAUCACCCGUCGAGUGGUCGCAGAACGAUCGUCUCUUAAAUUAUCAUGGCUGCACCACAGGCCUCAUCGCGAUUAGAAUUGCUGCAGGCCCGCUUCCAACAGAAGCAACUGCAGGAGAAGGAGCAAAAGUUGCUGCAGAUUUACGACCAGCAACAGCAACGAGCUUAUCACGUGGUGCAUCGAGGCAACGCAAGUUCGAAUCACGCCAUCAGCCAGCCCACCGUCACAAAGACCUCGAGCAGCAGCCAUGCAACCUCGACCUCGCAAGGUGGAAAGGUGAGGCAGAUGUUCGACGAAAGACGACAAACGACCGUGAAGGGGAUCGACAGAAGUUAUCCGUUGGAGCCGCUGGAGAACAAACCGCGGAAACAGACUAACGGAAACGGUGUGCAGAAGAACGGAAAUUUGACGGUGAGCCGGCAAUCCGUGACUGUAAAACGGGUUGCAAGGGGUGACGUGAACAGCAAUUUGAACGGUGGCAAACCGGUCGUCUCGUAUCACGAGGAAAUCGCUCGAGAAUCGUUCGGCCUCUCUGCACGCCAGAACGAUGAUGAGUUUGGGAUCGAGAACCACGUCGCGCAAUAUUCGAAUGGCAACCACAGGGACGAGACGCGCGUCGAGGAAGUGGACCAAGAUACGAUAGAAAGGAAUCGUAUGAUGGCGAAACUUCAUCUGAUGGAAUACGACGAGACCCUGAAGCAUCGUGUUAAAAACGAUCUCGAGAGCGAAGAAUUCCCGGAGGAUUUCAUGGUGGAUGUUCCUGACAAGCUUCCAAAACAAAGUGUUAUCAAGAAGUUAUCUCAAGCGGAGGCAAGGUUGAAACGUUUUAAAAACGCCAACGCGAAACGUGGUAACAACGUUACGAAGAGCCAAACUAUCGCCCUGAAGAAACGAACUGACCCAAUAUUUCCAGCAAAAUUUAACCCCAGAGAGUGUCGAGUGGUCAAGGAUGGAACAAGAAAGGUUUCGGAUGGAAGAUCGAACGAGGGAAGGAAAAAUGUCGGAAUGGUCGUCGAGGCUGUGAUCUCUGAGACGGUGUCCUCGAAUUCUGAGAGGAAUACGAGGCGAAGAGACGACCGUCCACGAUUCUUUCGCGAGGAAUCUGAAAAGUCUGGGACGAUGGACUCGAAUACUGGAACGAAAUCGUCCGAAUUGAAAGAGAAAAAUUCGAAAUUCUUCUGCGAAGAAAUGUCUGCGUAUGCAAUCGAACCAAAGCCUGCGAGAAAAUUAUCUUCCGAAUCUUUUAAGAAUCGAGUACAGAGAGGCGAGGGUUCAAAGUUGUUCGACGAAGAAUUUGAAAACUCCGAUUCUCCGAAAACUGCGAGAAAAUUAUCGCCCGAAUUGUCGAGAGGCAGAAUAAAAAGCGGACAAAGCCCCAAAUUCUUUCGCAAGGAAUCUGAAAACUCUUCCACUGCUCGUGCAAUCGAUUCGAAAACUGCAAGAAAAUUAUCUCUGCCCCGAUCUUCUAGAGAUGAGCCGCGAAGAAAUGGUGAUCCGACGAGAUUCAAAGAGUUCGAAAGAUUUGCAAUCGAUUCGAAAACUGUGAGCAGAAUAAGAAGCGAAAGUCCAAAAUCCGACGAAUCGAACGAGAAAUUAACCACCGAUCACGCGGUCGAUUCGACUGCUGAAAAAUUCUCCUCCGAUUUUUCGAAUGAUCGGCGCGACGACGCGAGUCCUAAAUUCUAUUGCGAAGAAAAUGAAAAAUCGGCCACCACUUUCGCGAUAGACUCGAAGAGUCGUUCGUCUGAUUCACCCGAUUAUAUGAGAAACACGGAAAGUUUCGUGUUGAAAAUAGAACCGAAAAACAGAAAGGGCGCAAUUGACAGUACGAUGAAGAAAUCUACGAAUGAUGGACGAGUAAGACGAGGUGCAAUCGGAAAAUCUUCCUCGCCGGAGUAUUUGAAAUCUAUCAAAGCUGAGUCAUCCGACGUUUCCAAACGUUUAACGAGAGAGAAAAGUGGUGGCUCGAGUCCUCAGUUGUUCGAGAGAAGAAAAUCGGCCAAAUCUCUAAACCUCAGCGACAUGGACGUGAACAAACACAGUAGUGAAAGUCAUAGAAGGAAACCACGAGAUUUUACAAGAAAGAGAUCCAACACCAGUCCACAAUUUUUCAGUUCGGAUUCGGACAGAUCUGCCACGAUCAUGAUAGUGACGCCAGAAACGAUUACAAAACCGAAAAUGGAGAUCGCAGAUCGCUCGAAAAGAGAGGAGCAAAGUUCCGAGAAGGCUGCUUUAAGAGAAUCGUUAAAUAGGAGCGAAACAAAUUCGAAACAUUUCGUAUCGCGAUUUUUCUCCGAGAAAACUUUGAGAAACGAGGAGGAAAUUGACGAGAAGAAGCAUCGUUCGUCUCGCGACUCCUCUCCGUUGUCUUCGAAAGGCAAGAGAACGCCCGAUCCGCUCGCGAAACCGCGAUUCUAUCGCGAGAAAAGUACAAAAACCGAUAGAAAGAGCGUCGAUGGAGCAUCCAGCAGUCGCGACUCUUCGCCAAGAUCCCAAAGAAUGGACAGCAGAGAGGAAACACCUGAAUUGUUUCGUUGCGAAUCGCCAAGAUCUUCCAAACAUACGGUGGAUGUACGAUCGAAGGGUCGAAAAUCGAUUGAACGAGAGACGAAGUGGAAAACUCCGAAGAAUAGAUCAUCGAACACCCCCACUUUUAGGGAUACGCUCGAUCGUAGAGGGUCUGACCAUACUCUGCGCUCGACGAAACUGAUUCGUGACACGAUGAGGAGUCAGAAUCGAGUCGAGUACAUUUCGAUAAAGCCAGAGAAAGGAUCCAUCGCGGAUGGAAUAUCGAAGAUGAGAGAGAUUCCAACUAUGGAAUCGAGUCCAAAAAGCUGCACGUCCGUGGAGGUGGACAUGGAGAUACAGGAAAUCACGAUGCCCGAUCAAUACGUAAAGCAGUCUCGAGACACUUGCUCGAAAUCUGGUAAAACAUUGGCGGGUAGCGAGAAACCGUGUUCCGCGCCGGUGAAACAGAGGAGAUCCUCGUUCGAGGGGAACGUUUUCGAGCGAGAAAAAUCGAAUAAGGAGAAACGGAUUAGCCAGAAAGACUUAGGAACGUCGAGCAAGCUUUCGUCCAAGAAGAAAACCGUCUAUGACGCCUUGAAACAACGCGGAGCAAAGGAGAAUAGAAGGAUAUGCGAGCGAGAAAAUAUUUUCGAACAAGCACCGAGUCCGGUCCGAAAGGGGAUCGCUCGUAACGCGAAACGAAAAACGGACGUGGUGCGAGCGACGAAUCGAAAGAACGAAGCUAAAACUUCGAGAUGCGGGCAAGACGAAAUUUUGAAGUCGAUGGAGCUGGUUCGCCGAGCCAUGAGGGGCUCGAGUUUUGAAUCACGCGAGACCGCGAGUAGUGCACCGUCCGCUACGAAUUACGUGAGAACCGACUCCGUAGAAUCGGCUCUCAGGCGUUUCGAUUCGAUCGGCACGGAGACCGGCUCGAUUCGAAGCGUGUUGGAACGUAGCGAGGAAACGAAGAUACAAACGGAAUCGUAUGACUCAAACACGAUUUCCCCGGAAGCGCUCGAUCGAUCGAAUUUAAGCCCGUUCGGUCCUUCCUCGAGAAAAAUUUCGAGCGAGGAGGGGGAUUUCGCCGAGGAAAACGGGAGGAGCGCGAGAAAAUCGACGGCCGUAAGACCGGCCGCGUGCAAGCGGAAGCUUUUCCACGACGAUUCCGGCGAGGAGACCGGGAGCACGAGAUCCAGGUGCAGCCUCGACUCGGUGAGAACCGUGGAAUGGCUGUCCAAUGAGAAGAAAACGCGGGAACGUUCGGUGAAGAUCGCGGCGACACGCCUCGAAUUCGACUCUAGCGGCGAGACGUCGAGGGGAGCGGCGACAGACAAAGGAGAAACGGGUGAAACGUCAACAGGUGCGGAUCGUUCACUGUCUGUGAAGCGGUUGAGAUCGAUCGAGGAUAUACGUAAGUCGAUCGAGGGCGAAAGUAAGCCGGUGAUCGAGUCGGGGCGAGGGACGGGGCGGUCGGAGGCCCGUCGAAUAAAUAUCGAUGAUCGUGCUGGAAAUAGAGAAGGGAUGUUUUUGCCCGGGCGGUCGGGGAACGUUGCCGCGAGGAGCAAGGGUAUGGGGGAUACGAGCCGUUCGGCUGUAAAGUGUGCGAUGCGUUUCCCCAGGGUCGUGAAAAGUCCGAGCCCGGAAACGAUGAAGACGACGGAAACGAGCAACCGUGCGAGGAGAAACGUACCACCGUCGCCGUCCAAGAGCCCGGAUGCGAUGCCAAGGCGUGCGUCCACCGAGUUGAAAGUUCAAGACACGAAAUCGACGAAACGGGGAACACCUAUGAAAGGCGCGGAGCCAAUUGGAAACAGGAAGACGAUGACAACGACGACAUCGACGGCGAGCACGAGAAAAUCGACGGAUGUCGUCGAUGGCGCUAUUCUCGAGAAUGGUCUGCAUUUACGAGACCAAACUGCCGAAACGAAAUACGAUAACGACUCAGCCACGAUGAAGAAAAGCGACGCUUUUGUCAUCGACUUCGACGAGCAACCGCCGAAGGAAAACGAUGGGCCACUUCCGCGGAAACCGUUUUCACGAAAACAAUCCACCGAAAAACAGAUUACACCCACGCAAUCACUUCGAACUCCUAUGUCAAUUUCGUCCACCUCUAGUGGUAUUUCCACGCAGAAUCAGACUUCCGUUUAUAGAAGCAAAAUGGCUUCGAGAGCAAAGACGCCAAUUUCCUCUACAACAUCGUACAAAGGGUCGGCAUCUAGCAAAAACGGAGGAGCAGCAGGAGGAGUAGCGACGGAAACUUUGGUGCCUUGUAAAGCGUGUGGUCGUCGAUUCGCCCCAGAUCGAGUUGCUCUUCAUGAGCAAAUCUGCAUAAAAACAGGCCAAAAGAAGAGAAAACAAUUCGAUACGAUGAUGUAUCGAGUAAAGGGUACUGAUAUCGAGCCAUUUGUUAAGAAAGGGCUCGUUAAAAAACAGAUGGAGAAAUCGAAGAAACCUGAAGUAAAGUCGAAUUGGCGGCGUAAACACGAGGAUUUCAUUAACGCCAUACGUUCGGCCAAGCAAGUGCAAGCACAUCUGGCCGCAGGAGGCAAGCUCAGCGAUUUGCCACCGCCGCCAGUUAGCGAUAACUGCGAUUACAUUCAGUGUCCCCAUUGCGGAAGAAAAUUCAAUAAAGCCGCCGCCGACCGUCACAUUCCCAAAUGCGAGCACAUGUUGCACAAUAAGCCGAUACAUUCGCGAGCACCGAAACCGAAACGUUAAUUUCUCAGACAAAUUAAACGCUUUUUUUUACAUCGAACUGGAACAAGAUAGAUUGCCUUUGUAUAUUAAAGAAAAAAGAUUGAAAUAAAGAUUUACGAAAAAAAAAAAAAAAAAAAAUUAAAACGGAAGAAUAAAUAAAAUUUUAUUGUAAUAAUAUAUUAUCAUUGUACAUUGCGAAAAAAAAUUGUGCGAAAUUGUGACAAUUUUAAUAUAACACUUUGUCUCUAUCUUGUUCGUGAUCGAUAUUAUAUUAUAUGAAUAUUUCGUUGAUUAUGAAAAAUUUUAUAUAAGAUCUUAUAUAAAUUAUAAAAGUUCGCAAAAAAAUAUAUUUUUUCGGAGACGUAUGAAAAAACUAAUUUUUAUCUACUGUAUUGAUUCUAUAGGUUUUAUUACGUAUAUUUGCGACAAAUGUAUUUUCUGAUUAUACGAAAAUAAAAUAUAAAUUUUCCUUACAUUGUAUAUAUGUACGUAACAAAAUGAACUUAUUCGAUCAUGAUGUUUUGAAAGAAAUUUACAAAAAUAGUAAAUAGUACUCUAUACUUUUUCAAAAAUAUUUAGUCUUUUUAUUUUUUAAAAAUAAUUAUUAAUUGAUAAAAAUUGAUGAAAUAAAGUAAAAAUCUAUGACGUCUCAUUGUGAAAAAUAUUAAAUCUUGGAACGCUUACUUUAUACGUAUUUGUAUCUUUUUAUAUCAUAGUACUAGUAAAACAUUGUCUAUUUGUGAUUAUUAUAAUCGAUCGUCCCAAAACGUAUCAUCUUCAUAUACUAAUUAUAUGUAAUUAGUUAUUUAGAGAUGAAAAAUUAAUUAUUAAAUUGUUUUAAUUAAUAUUAAAAAUAUUGUGAUUUAAUUUGUAAAUGUAUUUUCAUCGAAAUAGAUUGUCUUACAAAACAAAAAAAUACAUAACAAUUUUUAUAGCGUUUAAUCUUUUUAAUAAAUAAAAAUAUUGUAAUAUUAUUGUUAUGAUUGAUCAUUGGGGGCUAAUAAACUAACUUUUUAAUAAAAAA